GGCUACGCAUUUUUAUCAACUACCGAUUGCUUGACAAGCACGCAACUAGAUAUAUAGAGGCGACGAAUCAACAAGUUGACACCAGUGUGACAGUUUGAGCCAGACAUUCGUUAUGGCAAGUUCUGUGAAAGCAAGCUUUAUAAUCUUGUUUCUAACCAUAGUUUUAAAACGAAAUGAUGUGGUGUUACCAGGAAUAGCAGGUAAGAAUAUACUGUUUACGAGGUCGACUUAAGUAAUCGCACUGCAUGGCUCAGUCGCUCGAUACAGUUCUAGUCUGUAAGGUCAGUUUUAAGGGACUUAAAAUACGAACGUAUUUACAUCAAAAGUUAAAGUAAAAGACUUUCAUAGUAUUUAAUGUAUGGUCAGGAAGUCUUAUUUUAUUUAAAGUAAAACCACAACCCCUAAGAAGCGAGAUGUUUGGUUAGGCCCAACCGUAGGUUUUACAAACGUAUCUUAUUUCAUAAAAUAAUAACAUGCAAUGAGCAAGGAGCUUCUUCUUUGAGUGAUUCAUUUAGUUUCCUUUAAUUAUUACUCCAGUUGUUUCAAAAACGACGGAGGCCAAGGGAUUGGACAAGGUUCUUCCUACUUCUUGAAAAGAGCUCACGAGUUACGAAAACUGAUAGGACAGAACGCGCUCUCCGUGACGGUCUAAUACAGGGCUGAUAAAGGUUGGGCGAUGAAACGAGCGCCCCGCUCUUCACUAGCGGUAAUGUGUGAUACGGAGUAGGACUGGCAAGCUCUUUCCGCGCCUCCGGGCCGUGCGCUUGAGGGCCUACGGAAUUUUCCUUUUUGCCAACAGGAAAUUCAAUUUUCUUCUUGUAAUUUCAUGCUACAGUGUUAAAUAGAUAAAUCGUUUCAUAAAAAUUAAUUAAUAAACAGUUUCGUAUGUUUAUAUCCGUAUCCCUAUAAGUCAAACUUGUUGGUCGUUUAAUGCCAAAAUUUGAGUUUAAUUUGAAAGUGUUGAAUACCUCCUCCUUCCGCUAAAUAAGACCUUAUCGUCUUUUGCUAUUUCGUUUGCAAAAGCUUAACUCUUCUUAACCGCAAUUUUAAUAUAUGUUAAAGAGGGGUAAAUUUUAUAUCACAUACCAAAAAAUUAGCUGGAUAUUUGGAUAUAGUGACGUUGUACUACUUCAAACUUUGCUUCUCUGAUGCAACGCGCAAUGGCGAUUCGCGCAAUGCGUCGCAAAUCCGGCAAACUGUAGUGUGAACAACUGGUAGACUUUUCCUCUGCUUAAACGCAACAAGAUAAACAGUCUAAACGAGGGGCUACUCAUUCUCAAGACUGUCCGCGUACAUUCAUAUUUACUCCAGAUAUGAAGAACUAAAUACUAUCCAAAAACCAAAGUUUGACAAGGAAAUUUGAGCUGCGAUUAACUGCGAAAUUCUCUUAACGCGCGGCACAGAAAAGCAGACGCUGUUAUUGGUUGGUUACAAACACGCCACAUCAUGUUCUAGUUUUGUUUGUGUAGUUUGAUAGAGAAGUGUGCAAUGGACCUUUUCACUGUUUUUUUCAACUUUUGACGUGGACAAGUUAUGGAAAAACCGUCAACACGACUGAAAAUAGCGACCUUAAGAUUAGUAAGAUAGCCUAGUUUGAAAGUGAUUUGUUGAAAACUAACAAAGAUAUAGCCCCUCAAAGUCGCGAAAUUUUACAGACGUUUGUAUGGUGGGGGGUUGAACUUGCCCCUCACCAUACAAACGUCGAACGCAGAAAAGCAGACGCUGUUGUUGGUUGGUUACAAACACGCCACAUCAUGUUCUAGUUUUGUUUGUGUGGUUUAAUAGAGAAGUGUGCAAUAGACCUUUUCACGGUUUUUUUAACCACUUUUGACGUGGACAAGUUAUGGAAAAACCGUCAACACCACUGAAAAUAGCCCCUUAAGAUUCGUACGAUAGCCGAGUUUGAAAGUGAUUUCUUGAAAACUAACGAAAAUGUAGCCCCUCAAAGUCGCGAAAUUUUAUAGACGUUUGAAUGGUAGAGGACACAAACUUGCUCCCCCUACCCCACCAUACAAACGUCGUAAAUUUCCGCAACUUUGCGAAGCUAUAUCUUCGAUCGCUUGAGACGUAUCACUUUCAAAUUUGGCAUUGUUACUACUAUUAAGGCGCUCUUUCCAGUGGUGUCGACGGAUUUUCUCUAACUGGUCCAUGUCAAAAGUUGAAAAAGCCGUGAAAAGGGUCUAUUUGUUAUUCGUUGACAAUCAAUGGGGACAUUAAGACCAAAGAUUUUUCAAGCCUACAUAAUGGGUUAACUUAAACAAAUGUUCGUAAGAAGUCCAGGGGGAUGAUUUGGAUUUUAGUUACAGUUCACAUUUUGCUGGCGAAAUCCGAGAAACUUGUUGGUGGGAGAAGAUGGCUGUCAUCUUAUGAUAAAUAUAUUUUGCGAACUUUGGAAGUCUUAACUUAUUUUUAACAAGGAAGCUUAUGUCACGCUUUUGCUCAUGUGCAAUUUGUUUAUUACUCAGUAAAUUAAUGUGCAGAAUUUUUCCCUUUUUCUGUA